AUGUCUGAAAGUUCUUCUCAUUUUUCCUUCUCAAAGGAAGAAGAAAAAGUUCUUGCCUUAUGGGACGAAAUCGAUGCCUUCCACACUUCUUUGAAAUUAACCGAAGGUAAGCCAGAAUUUUCCUUUUAUGAUGGCCCUCCAUUUGCCACAGGUACCCCUCAUUACGGUCAUAUCUUAGCCUCUACCGUGAAGGAUAUUGUUCCAAGAUAUGCAACCAUGACCGGUCAUCACGUUGAGAGAAGAUUCGGUUGGGAUACUCAUGGUGUUCCAAUUGAACAUAUCAUUGACAAGAAGUUGAACAUCAAGGGUAAGGACGAUGUCUUCAAAUUUGGUCUAAAGAAUUAUAACGACGAAUGUAGAGCUAUUGUUAUGACUUACGCCGCCGACUGGAGAAAGACCAUCGGUCGUCUAGGUCGUUGGAUUGACUUCGAUAAUGAUUAUAAGACCAUGUACCCUUCUUUCAUGGAAUCUGAAUGGUGGGCUUUCAAGGAACUGUUUGAAAAGGAUCAAGUCUACCGUGGUCACAGAGUCAUGCCUUACUCUACCGGUCUAACUACUCCAUUGAGUAACUUCGAGGCUCAACAAAACUAUAAGGAUGUUAAUGAUCCAGCUGUCACCAUUGGUUUCGACGUUAUCGGUCAAGAAAAGACCAAAUUGGUUGCUUGGACUACUACCCCAUGGACUUUACCAUCUAACAUGGCUCUUUGUGUCAACGCUGAAUUUGAGUACGUUAAGAUUUACGAUGAAACCAAGGACUGUUACUACAUUCUUUUAGAAGCUUUGAUCAAAUCGCUAUACAAGAAGCCAAAGGAUGCCAAAUACAAGGUUGUUGAAAAGAUUCAAGGUAAGGACUUAGUUGGUUUGAAAUAUAAGCCAUUGUUCCCUUACUUCGCUGAAGAAUUUAAGGAAACCGCAUUCAGGGUCAUUUCUGAUAACUAUGUCAGUGCUGAUUCUGGUACUGGUAUUGUCCAUAACGCUCCAGCGUUUGGUGAAGAGGAUUACAACGUUUGUUUAUCCAACCAUAUCAUUGACGAAGACUCUAGUUUCCCUAACCCAAUUGAUGACUUAGGUAAGUUCACACCAGAAGUUUCUGAUUAUGCUGGUGUCUAUGUCAAGGAUGCUGAUAAGUUGAUUAUCAAACACUUGACUGAAACAGGUAACAUGCUGUACGCUACUCAAAUUCGCCAUUCUUACCCAUUCUGUUGGAGAUCUGAUACACCGCUACUUUACAGAACUGUUCCAGCUUGGUUCAUCCGUGUUAAGAACAUUGUUCCACAACUUUUGGAAUCCGUUCAACAAUCUCACUGGGUUCCAAACAGUAUUAAAGAAAAAAGAUUCACUAACUGGAUUGCUAACGCUCGUGAUUGGAAUGUCUCUAGAAACAGAUACUGGGGUACUCCAAUUCCAUUGUGGGUCUCUGAAGAUUACAAGGAAAUUGUUUGUGUUGGUUCUGUUCAAGAAUUAGAAGAAUUAUCUGGUGUUAAGGGUAUUACCGAUCUACAUCGUGAUACCAUUGAUAACAUCACCAUCCCAUCUAAGCAAGGUAAGGGUGACUUAAAGAGAAUUGAAGAAGUCUUCGACUGUUGGUUCGAAUCCGGUUCUAUGCCAUACGCUUCUCAACAUUAUCCAUUUGAAAACAAAGACUUAUUUAAACAAAGAAACCCAGCCAACUUCAUUUCCGAAGGUUUAGACCAAACUAGAGGUUGGUUCUACACUUUAUCCGUCUUGGGUACUCAUUUGUUCGGUCAAGUUCCAUACCAAAAUGUUAUCGUCUCUGGUAUUGUUCUAGCUUCUGAUGGUAGAAAGAUGUCCAAAUCCCUAAAGAACUACCCAGAUCCUAACAUUGUUUUGGAGAAGUAUGGUGCCGAUGCCCUAAGAUUAUACUUAAUCAACUCCCCAGUAUUGAAAGCUGAAAGUCUGAAGUUCAAAGAAGAAGGUGUCAAGGAAGUUGUCUCAAAAGUCUUGUUACCAUGGUACAAUUCCUUCAAAUUUCUGGAUGGACAAAUUGCUCUAUUGAAAAAGACCUCAAACAUCGACUUCAAAUACAACCCAGAUUUAACUGGUGAAAAUGUUAUGGACAAAUGGAUUCUUGCCUCCAUGCAAUCAUUGGUUCAAGAAAUUCACGAAGAGAUGGGUCAAUAUCAACUAUAUACCGUUGUUCCAAAACUAUUGAAUUUCAUUGACCAAUUGACUAACUGGUACAUCAGAUUCAACCGUCGUCGUUUAAAGGGUGAAAAUGGUGUUGAGGAUUGUGUCAAGGCUCUAAACUCUCUAUUUGAAGCUCUAUUUACUUUUGUUCGUGCUAUGGCUCCAUUUACUCCGUUCUUGGCUGAUUCCAUCUACUUACAAUUGAAGGCCUACAUUCCUGAUGAAGUAUUAGCAAGAUUUGGUGAAGAUGGUAGAUCUGUCCAUUUCUUGUCUUACCCUGUUGUAAGAGAGGAACUAUUCGAUGAAGCUAUUGAAAAGGCUGUCGCAAGAAUGCAAUCUGUCAUUGAAUUAGGUAGAAACGUUAGAGAAAAGAAGAUGAUAUCUUUGAAGACCCCAUUAAAGACUCUAGUCAUUCUACAUAGUGACAAGGAUUACUUGAAGGACGUCGAAGCUCUAAAGGCUUAUGUCAUUGAAGAAUUGAAUGUCAGAGACGUUAUCAUCACUGAUGAUGAAGAAGCUUAUAAUGUUGAAUACAAAGCUGUUGCCGACUGGCCUGUUUUAGGUAAGAAGUUGAAGGGUGAUGCCAAGAAGGUAAAGGUCGGUUUACCAAAGGUCUCCUCCGAUGACGUCAAGACUUACAUGGCUACUGGUAAGCUAACUGUUGAUGGAAUUGAUCUUGUUAUGGGUGAUUUGAAUGUUAUCAGAGAUCUACCAGAAUCUGCUAUUCAAAGUGGUAGAGAAACUAGAACUGACAACGAUGUCUUGAUCAUUCUAGAUACUAACGUGUACGAUGAACUAAAGACUGAAGGUUUAGCAAGAGAAAUUAUUAAUAGAAUUCAAAAAUUGAGAAAGAAGGCUGGUCUAGAGGCCACCGAUGAUGUUCUAGUGCAAUAUGAUCUAGUUAAAGAUUCAAUGAACUUCGAAAAGGUUCUAAAUGAGCAUAACGCUAUGGUAUCUAAGACUUGUAGAUCUGAAAUUUCCAAAUUCGAUUCUUCCAGAUCCGAUUCUAUUGCUGACGAAGAACAAUCUAUCAAUGACACAAUCUUCAAGCUAAAAAUAUAUAGAUUGUAA